UUUCUUGCCUAAUAGGUAUAACCGCAGCGGCGUAGUAACGGAACCCUUGUUUAUCGUAGAGAUAGCGACGUAUGCCUAACUACCUUGUUGACCCGCGUGCCCUGUCCCUCUAGGUGGCAUGCGAAUACUCGCUCACGAGACUGUGUCGACGAUCCCAAGCUCAGUCUAUUAAUAUGAUAUACUCAUCCCAUACACGACCUAGUAGUUUCUCAGUGCCGCGCUCUCACGAUCCGGGACCGUAGGUAUGCAGACAGGCAGCCUCGUACCACAGCAUCCUUAUUCCCUCCUACUUCCGUAACACGGUUCAACUCCCCCUAACCCUCACCCCCCUAUCGGCCAUGAAGGUGAAGCCCCGGGAGCGUAUCUCGCCAUGCAGCGCCGUGUUGCUCGCUGCCGAGCUCGGGCUCGUGCUUACCACCAUGUCGCUGCUGUGUUGUGCGUACCCGGAGAGAGUGCGGAGGACUUUAUGGCAGAUCGGCGGGGAGAACGGCUGGAACUCGAACCCGCGUCUGCGCGUCUACUUUUACGCCAACUACGAGAAGCCGCCGGACAUUCCUCCAAUCUGGAGCCAGAGGCUCAGCGAGUCCAACCUAGCCAUCUCGGUGCUCGCCGUGGUGAUAAGCAUGGUGCGGAUCGUGCUGGCCUUCCUUGGCAGCGCGUCGAGCUUUUCGGCCGUCUUCAACGCGUUCAACGACAUGCUGCUGUCGGGAUUCUGGAUGUACAGCGUGGCCGCGCAGUCGUCCAGCGACCUCACCGACCCGGGACACCUCAGUUUACGGCCGUGGUACCUCGAGAAGAGCUGCGAAAUUCUGCACGAGAGCGUCGUACACCACUGCGUACUCGCCAAAGCCUGCUUUGCCUUCUCAGUCCUGUCGUUAAUGCUCUUCCUCGCUCGAUCGGUAUAUUCUGUUCUCAAACUCGCAUACUGGUGCGGCAGUCGCCAGAUGCUCGACCGAGGGGUAGCAGUCAUACUGGUGCACUCGAGGCUGAAAAGGGGCCUAGAAGCCAGCCACGCGAGCCCCCUUUUCAGUAUACGGAGUAACCACUACGACUACGACUACGACGAUGACGACGACGACGGCGGGGAGGAUGUGAAUAGUUGUGAUGAACAUUGUAGCCGGACGAAGAACAGCGUAUUCUGGGUGUGGCAUAAUAACGAUGACGAGUCUUGGGGGCCACCACGGGGCGAAUAGGUAGCCGGGGCAGCUAGCCGAAAUCACGAAGCAAUCAAAAUUUUGGGAGCUCGGAGCUUGCCCCGUCGCCUUAACCGCGGUCGCGCAGGUAAUAAUAUUUAUGCCCCGUGAAACCAUCCGCUGGGAGUUCCCGGUGCGCUAUGGCGCGCCCCGUCUACCGCCUCCUUCUUAGCGAUACUGUCCUGCCGCAAAGCGUCGCGGUCGCUUGGCUCGCUUUGCUGAUAAUCCUCCUCAAGCGACGUAAUUGGCCCUGUAUCGCCAGUGCGACGACGGAAGCGACAGCGACAGCGACGACUGGUGCCGGCGUUGUGAGUACGGUUACCAGUGGCACCAACACCCGGGCUUCCAUCCUGCCCUACCACCCAAUAGCCCGACCGUUCUGUCAACGGCCCAGCUGGCUAGCCGCAAAGUGUCCAAAGGGGUGGCGUUGGCCGACACGAGAACAGCAAGUAGAGAGGGGAGAUAGCGACGAAGGCAUACCUAUGUCUGUCUGUUAGGUCAAUUGCCCAGUAUUAUGAAAGGGCAUUAGGUGCAUAGCUAUCGUCGGGCAGGGGUCUUGGGGCACACAGGUGAAUUGUCAUAAUUCAUAAUAUAUCGAGUAUCGUGGUUAUUAUUCGUAUCAGUUAUUCAUAUUCC